AUGUCUGCGUCUGCGACUGUCGAGUUGGAGGCCAUUGUGGCCCAUGUGUGCCUACCCCCAAAGCUUCCUUUUAAACGCGAAAGGUUUCUUGAUCAGAUCGAGGAGGCUCUAGCUUCAUACGUCUCGGACGCGUGCCGCACUCUCAGGGACCAGUUAUCUGGGCAUCUAAGUUAUACCUGGGGUUCAGUUCGUAGCGCUGUUCAGACGUGCAUCCACGCCAACCAUGGUCGCUCGAUUGACCGUACCAGAUUCUUGAUGGCUUUGGAGACUCUGGAUACCUUUUCCCCACUAAUCCUUCACAUAACCGCUCAGAAUGCUGGGAUAUUGAUCUCCAAGAGACACGACAGUAAACGAGAUGAAGACAUGAUUGUUUUCGAAGCCUUUGAAGCCUCUCCACAAGCGCAACAGGUCAUGGAGGCAGAUAAUGCCCUUCAGUGGGAUUUCCCUGGUGUAGUCGUCGCUAUGCCGUUGACCACUUUUCAUGAUCCCGAGUUUCAGAACAACCUGGCCGACUUUCUCCAGCAGGCUAGUACCGAAUCAAUCACCCUCUUUGCAGCGCGGGCAUCGAAAGAAGGGGCUACUGUCCCCGAACCGCGCGAUACGGUAGACCCGUCGAUAAUAUGCCAAAUGCUCAUGACUCUGAUAGAGGCUGUGGGAUACCGAAUGGAGCCAGACCUCCUCCGUAAGCGGAUCAGAGAUGAUGUAUGCUGGGACGAAGGAGCUGGAUCUUGUCCCUGGAGGCGCUCUCCCUUCUGGCUAGUCUUGCGUGUAAGUCUGGCCCGCCAUCUUGCAAGCAUACACGGAGCGGAAAUAGGCAGAGUCUACUACAAAUUUCUACUUUGCGUGGUGCUAGCGCACAUUCUAGCGGACGCGGUGAGCAGUGGCAUCUAUCACGAAUCGAUCAUAGUCCUGAACACCAAACUGUGCCGCCGCCUGGCAAAGCUGGAAGACAAUCGACUGAAGGCAUCAUCCAAGGCGGGGGAAAUAUAUGGAAUGUUGUUCGAACAGCUGCGGUUUUUCUUUGAGGGUACCAUUGAGAAUGCCAAUGCCUAUGUCUUCAAUCUGUGGGACAGGCAUAAGAGAAGUAUUCUCAGGAGGAUUCCUCUACUGCCUCCACGGUCACAGGAGCGUGACCUUAUCUUGACCCUGCCGAAUAGCUUCUCAUACUUGAACCAACUGCGGUUUUCUGCUGCAAGAUUUGAUACAAUUUCCACGAUCACCCAUCAAUCCAACGCGCUGCAUACCCCAGUGAUGCAGGCUGCUUUCCGGAAAUUCGCACAGCAUUACUACAGCCUAGCUGAUAUAGAAGACAGUGCUGGCCUGUAUCUGAAAGUAGAUGAUGGAGACUAUGAACGGGCAUGUAUCAAAUUUGCACGAUCUAUUGCCUCCUACAUGGAUGCAGUGCGGGACACUUACAAUCACCAUCCCGAACAAAAGAGCGUAAUGCUUCUAACGAUCAUGAAACUGUGGACUUUGAUGGAUCAGUGCGCUGUAAAAGCUUUCAACCUUCUUGGAAAAUAUGACCCCGGAAUUCCUCCUGCAAUUCUUAACGUUUUGCAAAUAGGUGACGAGAAAGGACUGAUUGAUCUACAGACUGUGCAGAGAUAUCUGGAAGAACGGAAGAGUAACUGCCAAUAUAACGGACAUACGAUAUUUGAUGAUCCGAGGGAAGGGUGCUUUGCAGAGCAAUACUUUCUGCGUUCCAAGGAUUCCGAAAUGCUGCAGUCCAUCUACAAAAGAAUCCAGACAGCAACGGAAAAGGCCAGAGAGAAGAAACGUGAACAAUGGUUGUCCCUCAGCGCAGAAUACGACAGUCUCCAGAGGGAAAUUGCCUCAGCCUCUUGUGUAUAUACGUACACGGAAGAGGGAUAUCAGCCAAUCCAUGAUUCCAGGAACUGUAAGAAGUGCUUUCUGGAACGGAAAGCAGGCCGAAUGAGGAUCAGCCUUCACGAAGACCCUCUCCCGGUCGAUCCAUCUCAAGCACGUGCCGUGGUCUUUGAGUUGAACUGUCCAGAGGCCUUUUCUGCAUAUCGAAAUACUACCUGGAUGAUUAUCAGGAGCUUGGCUGUCUCAGAACCCAUUAAAUCCCAACCACCAAAGCUGCUUCUGAGGGAAUACUCAGAAGUAAAACCUUUUAUUUCAUCGACGUCAAUUGAAGGUGUAUGCCUAGCAUCCAUUUCAAAAUCACGUCUUACAAUGCACUUCAACCAGGCUACGCUCCCUGCCCGCUGGGAUGACGUAUGUGUGCACAAUACGUUGCGUCUUAGGUAUUUUGACACAAAGACAGAGUCCUGGACUGGGCGUGGGAGAGAGAGAUUGAGCUUUGCACAUCAUUGUGCACUCGCGAUUCCGAGCGAUUCGCCGUUUGCACCGCUCCUGGAGUCGCCAAAAUUUGCGCUUGACACCGCUGGACCAUCGUCGUAUGAAAUUAUUGCGAGCCAAACUAACUGCCCACCUGGAUUGGGUGUCCAUGAGUUCAUGGCAUUCCAGAGUCUCUUAUGUGGUACCGUUCAACGAUGGCCCACCAUUUUGCUCGAGCUUGGAUCGUCGAACCUCAAUCUCAGUACGGAAGCAACUUCGAUACUAAUUUCACAGCUGACGCUUUUAGCUGGUCCUCCGAGGCCCAAUGAUCACCUUCGAUCGACACAUAGCAUCCUCAGAGACCCCACUUUCUGUUCGAAAUUGCUAGAAGAGAUAAACAAACGAUUGGACGGCAUAUCAUCUAGUUGGCGGGAGGUGAACUGCAUGUUGAUGCUGCUCGUGAUUCUUCUUAGACUCUGCUCUGUGGCACACAAUGUGGCCUAUGAGGCCUUUGACUUGCUUCUCAAAGCUCAACGUGUCACAUCUGGCUGGGUCCGGACACUCCGGCAGGAAAUUCGUGAUUGUACUGAUGCGGCCAGCUCUCCAACAUUUUCGAAAUAUGCACUAUGGGCUGCAUUACUGUGUAGAAAAACGUUUGCAGUGUAUGCAGACCCGGCCCAUUCUGGAAGGGACAUUGGUCCCACAGAGCUGCAAAACUAUAUCGAGAGUUCCAUAAUGCUGCAUGAAACGCUUCCUAGCAAUUUAUCAAGUCUACCUCGCACACUGAGAAACGCCCUCAUCUCAGACACGAAGGCAAUAUAUCGUCUUCGCCGUGUGCUCAAAUUGGCAUUCCAAUCGUCUCCGCAUGCUCUGAGUUCGUUUAUUCAAAAUAUCUGGCCGUCAGCGGAGAACUCAAUGGCCGCUGCCUACUCGCAACCUGUAUUUCUCAAUGACCCGGAUGAAUGGUGGAUGGAAUGGACAAUGCAUGCGACAAGGGAACUCAACGCCCAACUCAUGCAGUAUCAUAUCCUAGAGGGAUAUCUGUUGGUUGAUGGGCAACCGCUAGGCAAACUCCCACCGAAAUACCAGCAGUGUAUCAUCCUGAAGAAGUUAUUUGGGGACCAAUCCUUGCCAGCAUACCCAUCCUCUAUGCCCGGAAUGACCUAUAUGCUCCCAUUUGCAAUCAACGGCCAUUACAUUCAUUUCGGAUUUCGCCAGAACGAACUCAUAGUCCGCGCUCAUUGGAAGGGCACAGUGUUAGAACUCGUUCCGUCAUCUGUUUUCAGAGGACACUCCACGUCAGACUUGCCAGUAUUGCUGAUAGACAAUUGCUGCCAUUGGCUUGAUAUCCAAACGGGGGUGCUUGAGAUACGUACACAACCGCACAUUUGGAUGUCAAGGCAUAGUAACUGGAAGAUCGACAUCAAUACGCGCCAGGCCAUACGGCGUAAUAGUCGUUUAGUCGAUCCGCAUAGUGAUCUAUUCCGACAAAUUACUGGAGUGUUUCGAUUCUUUGAGCACCCAGAGCAGAUCAUCGUGUAUCAGCCAAAGAAGGCACACCUAUCCGUUGAGCUCCGGAGAAUGGAUUUGUCAUUUUAUGUUAAUAAGGGUGGUUUCUUGUAUUCCAGCCAGCUACGCUGUGGAAUCGACCGGAAUCAGGAUGCAGGGACUUGGUAUGGGCUUCGGAGCAUGCUCGUUCUUCGCGAUGGGGCAAACAAAGGUCAACGGAGCAUAAUUGCUCCAAUGGGGGCUAUUCGAUACAAACUAGACGGAUGCCACGUGCAAUUAUAUGUCGAAAAUGAUGGGUCAUAUGGCCGGUUCGUGAUUAAUGAUCUUCUAGGGCGCAUAGACUGCCCAGCAGAACCGAGGCUGGCUUAUUGUAAGGCAAUGUUUCACGCAUAUACGUCCUUCGCUCUACCAGAUCCGUUAACAGGUACUACGGGAACUGAAGAAGCAUUGCGCUUUUUGCGGUCUGGCUUUUGCCAGCCAUGGAUUCCCAUAAAUUCCGGUCCACAGUCAAUUUUGCAGUAUAUUGCAAGGUUGUCGCCGAGAAGGGAAUAUUAUCCACCGCAUCUUGCGAUAAUGCAAAGAAUAUAUUGGGACAAGGAUCUCACGGUGACAAUGCAGCACGAGGAAUACAGUACCCUGGUAUCGUUAAUAUGCGAGAAAUCUAGGACGCUGUCGAUGUUUGCACUUGAAAAGCAUUGCGAAUUGCUGGUGGAAAUACCAGAAACUCCUCACAAGCUUCAUGAGCGCAGUGUCUGGCGUCGUCAACAGUACCAGCGUCCUAUUGGAGACAUCGAGACUAAGAACGCCUUAGCAGACCUGGUGUACACUUCCAGAGACCGUCCUAGGGCUAGUAUUGCGCGCACAAAGGUCUAUGAGAUGAGCAUUAUCAUUCAUGACUGGUUCCCAGAAGUAUAUGGUACUGUCAACUUGGCUCAUGUCCUUCAAGAAAGGCCAGUGAUUGUGGGAUUUGAGAAGCCAUUUCAUCGUGGCUCUCUGAGCGACCUGCUGAGCAUUGACGUCUGCGCCCAAUGGGGCCCACUGGCUGCCCUGUGCCGCAUGUCUUCUAAAAACGAGAAAUUCAAACUUAUGUUCAUCUUCGCGAUUAUCUCUUUCGGAGACAACGCUAUCCCAACACAACUCCUUCAGAGCCUGAUACUAUUCGCCAUGUCAGACAAAUUAAAAAUGUUGAAGCCGCCAGCAGUAUCUGAGUAUACUCGCUUUGUGCCAGACCAGUACCCAACUACUGACCUUCUCCAACAGCUUAUCAGGCCGUUCUGUACUCCAUAUCCUCCAGACGAACGUGCCGAAUUCCCAGGUCAGAUUGCGAGUAAGAUGCGCAGGAAGCUGGAAGAGAAAGAGAGAAAGUACAACCUGCAAGUAGAAAAGGACUGUGAGACACUCAUAAAGCAUAUUCAGAGCCAAUGGCCAUGUCCUACUCCAUCCGCUACAGAGUUAGCGAGCGAUCUUCUAGUUGACAUUCCUAGUGCUAUCGAACAUAUCCGGCCCGAGUGGCUACGAUUGUACGAGAACCUGCAGCUUUCUGACUACCUUUCUCAAGUGAAAGUAAUUCUUGAUUGUUCUCAGAGAGACAGGCGUAUCGGACUUCCUGCUGUUACAUCGUCAUCAGAUCCAGCUCCUCGAGUCUUAAUAAGAUAUAGUGGCAUUCCAACACUCUCCAAAGACCUCAUGCGGAAGCCCGGCCCAUCAACUACAGGCCAUGGAGCUCAAAGCAGACAUUCAAAUGCUAAUGCGGAUACCUUUCACUCCCAAUUGAUCUCCCUGGAUUUUUCAGAGUCUACAAACAGAUCUCAGACUGUUGAUAGGGGAAUACAAGCUGAUUCGACUGAACGUCAUCAACUCGACACUAUAAUCCAUCAGUUUACAGCAUCUCCCAGUGCCCUGGAAAGGAAAUAUGGAGAGGACCUUCUUAAAAGCUUGGAAGCCCUCAACAAAGUGAAGCGGACUAUCCCAAGGGAGAAAGCCCUUCCCGGUUCUAUUGGAUUUUCUUCAGAGAUUCAUAGUACAAGGCAAGCCAUAAUUCAUGCUUUUAACAAUAUAUCAGUGGCACUUGAACAGGAUGAAGUUCAAGCAAAGUGGUUGAAGCUUGGCAACCUAUGGCCAUGUAUCACUCCGAUAACUCUCCUGGAACAGUUACGUUCAACCUCCGCUCCUCAAUUUGGACCUAGGAUGAAGGAAAUCUUGGUGGAAUAUGCUAUCGCGAUUACAGGAUUGCAACAGUUGAUGCGUAUUGAGCAGGAUUAUCACAACAAGGAUGCAGCUCGAUUCUGGGCUGAGUUACACAAUCAGGGUCAUACCAAUUGGCGACCGGAAGAGCAUUUAAACUGGCUCCUUCUUGAGAUUGACUGCAAUAUUCUCAUCAGGGCAGAGCAAGUAGACGUUGCGCACGCGAUGAUGUCUCCCACCUCAGGGUCUAAUUCAGCACUGCAGAUGAACAUGGGCCAAGGGAAAACCUCGUGUAUCAUCCCAAUGAUUGCUUCGGAACUUGCCAAUAGCACACAGCUAGUUCGAGUUAUUGUACCAAAAGCCUUACUAUUACAAACUGCGCAACUGUUGCAGACGCGGCUUGGGGGUCUACUGGGGCGAUAUGUGAGCCAUGUCCCAUUUGCAAGAAAAACCCCAACCACGCAGAGAAAUAUCGAGGCGUAUUGGAAGAUUCACCGUGAUAUUAAAAUAUCCUCGGGUGUAAUAAUUGCGCUUCCAGAGCAUCUUCUAUCGUUCAAAUUAAGUGGCCUCCAGCGACUGUCCGACAAGCGCAAUAGUGAGGCCGCGAAAAUGCUCCAGAUAUAUCAGUGGAAACAAGACAAUUGUCGCGAUAUCCUAGAUGAGUGCGAUUACACUCUCUCCACGAGAACGCAGUUGAUAUACCCCACUGGCACGCAGGCAGCAGUGGACGGGCACCCAUAUAGAUGGGAAGUAGCCGAGACACUUCUGCAUGCGUGCCAUGGGUAUCUGUGGAGCAUCGCGAAGGACUACCCCCAGAGCAUUGAAGUUGUGGAGCGAUCAGGGGAUAGUUUUCCGCUUGUAUUCUUUCUCCGCCGAGACGCAGAGGAAUCUCUAAUAUCUCGGCUCAUUGGAGAUAUUCUUAACGGACAAAUACUCCUCUUGCCUGUGAGAGGAUGCUCUGCUGCUGAGCUUACAACUAUCCGACAGUUUAUAUCCACUGAGAACGUGGGGCCAGGAGUACUCAAGGAAGUAAAAGGAUUGUUUAACGACAAUCUCACUGCGCGAAAGACUCUCUAUCUGCUACGUGGCUUGCUGGUUCAUCGAAUUCUGCUGCUGUCCUUCAAGAAACGCUGGAAUGUGCAGUACGGUAUUCAUCCCAAGCGCGAUCCCAUCGCAGUUCCGUUCCAUUCGAAGGGUGUUCCCUCUGAACAAGCAGAAUGGGGCCAUCCUGAUGUUGCUAUUCUGCUGACAUGUCUCUCCUUCUACUUUGGUGGUCUCGAGAUACGCCAGCUACGUCAAGGUUUAGAACAUCUCCUCAAGACUGAUGACCCAGCUAGCGGGUACGAUCGCUGGACACAUAAUUGCGCCCAGCUGCCUGACUCCUUGCGUGAAUGGAACGUCCUGAAUGUGGAUGACCAGUUACAACUGGCAGAACUAUGGAAGCACUUUCGGUACAAUGUGGUUGUGAUUGAUUACUAUUUAAACCAUUUUGUCUUCCCUGCGCAUGCAAAGCAGUUCCGUAUCAAGCUCCAAACAUCAGGAUGGGACCUGCCUAUCUUCUCAGUUCAAGGACAAGGAGCGCGUUCGACAGGCUUUAGUGGUACAAAUGACAAUCGUUCAAUGCUGCCACUCACCAUCAAACAGGACGACCUCCCAGGACUCCGGCAUACAAAUGCGGAGGUGCUAUCAUAUCUACUCAUGCCGCGAAACAGAAGCUAUGAAGUGGCUGCAGAUGCUGGAAGAAGAUUUACUGAGAAGGAACUAUUGCAGAUGCUUUGCAGCAAGGGAAUUCGAAUGCUUAUUGAUGCGGGAGCUCAAAUCCUAGAAUUGGACAACCGCAGUUUGGUUUCCACGUGGCUGAGCAUUGAUCACCAAGCUCCAGCCGCCCUUUACUUUAACGACCAGAAUAAACCGUAUAUUCUACAUCGUGGUGGGUCAGAGGUUCCUCUCGUGGCGUCGACAUUUGCCAAUAAUCUCGGAGAUUGUCUAGUGUAUCUGGAUGAAGCACAUACUCGUGGCACAGAUCUUCCCAUGCCUGCACAUACACUGGGAGCCCUAACUCUUGGCAUGGGUCAGACGAAAGAUCACACUGUUCAAGCAGCCAUGAGACUACGACAGCUGGGAACUACUCAAUCUAUCCUAUGGGUGGCACCUCCCGAGAUCCACCAGAGCAUACUUGAUCUCCAAUCGAAGCGGGAGGGUGACUCAAUCGACUCGUACGAUGUAAUAUGUUGGCUCUUGAAGCAAACCUGUAUCGGGAUUGAACAGCUCCAACCACUUUACUUUUCUCAAGGAAUGGAUUUUUGUCGCCGGAUAGAAGCAGCAGUUCUUAAUAAGGAUUAUAUCACAGAUAAUAAACAGAAACAGGCCUAUCUGGAUGUUUUGCGAACGCCAGAGCAGCAGGCCCUGGAAGAGCUCUACGGCCCGAAACUGUGUGUGAAAUUGUCUCGGCGCUAUAAAUCCGACGUCCCACGGGUUAAUACACUUUUACAGGAACUACGAAAGCAGCGAAAGCAAUUUCAAGACUUUGGGAAUGCCGUUAGCGGUCUUGCUCUGCAAGAAGUCGAACAGGAGAGAGAAAUAGCGUUCGAAGUCGAAUCAGUCCGGCAGGUUCGGAAGCCUGUAUCCUAUACCCCGUUGGCCUUCCCUGGAAUCGACAAGGAUAUUCUUGGCUUUGUACAUACUGGAGUAGCUGCUUCACGGAGUACCGCGUGGGAGGAUGCUCAUGUUGCCUUACGAUUGACGGAUUUGGGCCAGAAAAUGGGUGUGAGCGGCGCUCCCUUCACGGGUAGACUAUUGGUAUCGAGGGAAUAUAUGAGAACGAUUUCUGUACCUACCGGUCGUCGGAAUGACAGUUUUCUGCGUCCACUAAAUUGGCUUCUUUGGAGCACUGUCACAAAUACCGCAAUUGUCGUCAUCCCCGAGGAGAUAGAGAUCAUCCUCCCAAUACUUCUGGAAAAGCAGCAGUCAAAUACGUAUCUCAUAGCAUACGCUGCUCCUGUGACUCGGAGAAUGUCGCAAUUCAACGGCUUGAAGUACUUCUCUGUUCCACCCUUACCAAAGUACUGGACAGCACCGACAUGGCUCACCAUUGAACUGGGGAUUCUUUCGGGACGGUUAUAUUUCGAUUUCAAGGAAUACAAUGAGCUCUGCAAGUUUCUCGGCGCCAAGAGCUGGGGAGGAGACUCGAAAUCGUUCACGGAGAAGCCCUUACUGUUUCUUCAUCAGUGGCUGUCGAUUCGACGCAAGGGCCAGGAUUUCACUCAUACUCCUGUCGGGUAUAUUUGUCAGGGAAAGAUAUUGACAUCUGAUCAUCCGUUUUUCCGGUCUGAUGCAGGUAACAUGUUGAAAGGAAGAGAGAGUAGUGAGAAACGGUUGUGCAGGGCAAUGACAGAGGAGCUUUUGGAAGCUAGUGCGUCGGACUUUGAAGAUGACGAAUUGGAAUGGGAUGAAGGAAGCAGUCCUGAUGAAUACAUUGACAAAAGUGACAAUGGUGUUGGUGAAGAUUGAUGGAUCGAAGGGCCUGAAUGAGGAGAGUUUGAAGGAGCCUAAGAGCUCGAAGGGGAUAGAAGGUUUUGAACAAACAUAGGAGUUUGAAGGAACCUGUGCAGAGAGCCUUGUGACGAAGCUUGAAAAUGUGCGCCUUAUUGAGUUUGCCAAGUUUGAAUAUGGUUAGUAUGGAGUUUGGCUUUUGCUGUGAAUCCUGGGACAGUUCCUACGGAUAUGGGGGAGAAGGUAGUGUUAGCGUUGGAUACUUGGAUUAGACCUUGGUGGCUCUCCACGGCCUUGUGCAGGCACUAUCCUGUUCUUGCCCAGCGAGAAACGUGAAUGGUCACAGAGUCAAUAUCGUGGGAUAUGGAGACGGUCUUUGAUGGGAAGGAUGAGAUCGUCAAGAACGAUUUUAUUUGAAGGUUCGAAUGAGCAUUGGUUGGGUGGACUUAGGGGUAUACGGAAUGUCUAGUGGAAGAUCCAGCAUGUAUGUCACUAAGACAGACUGGGUCUGGGACGGAUAAGAAGAGCUAACAUAGAUGACAACAUGCAACAUAAACACAAUCAAUGCAAUAACUAUGGAGAUAGUCAAUGCACGGAUGAGCCUUCAGGGCAAGGUUUCUAGGAAAG